UACCCUUUUCUUUGCGUUCCCCCUCUCGAACAAAAAAAACACCCCCAAAUCAAAGCUCCUCCUUCGCCGCCGCUCAGAGAUCCCCGCUGCCACCGUUCGGAGAUCGUUACUGCCGCUUGGAGAUCGCCGCCACUCUCUCCCCUCAAAACCCUAGCAUUCGCUGCCGUGAACUGCAGCCUCGCCGCUCUCUCCCCUCUUUUCCACCGCUUGGAGAUCGCCGCUGCUCCUAUUUUCCGCCGUGAUUCCUAAGUCCUUGGCGAAGCUUGGUUCCUAAGCUACGGAUCGGUGUCACUGCAGGUCCACAGAUCUGCUACGGACGUCCCAGAACGUUCAAGAGAAAUAAAGCCAAUCGAUUAAGGCCCGAUCCUGAGAAGAAUAAAUCGACAAUCUUCUUACAUUUUGAUGAGUAUUUUCGUGUCACAGGCCCCAAUGCCGAGAGAUUUGGACAGUAUGUGAGGCAAGUGAGCCACCAAAUCAUGGACUACCCACUUUAUAAGAACUGGGGCCUAGUUCAUGAUCGUUCUUUUGAUAAGUUCUUUCUCCAAGCCCAGGUUGAAGUUUCUUAAAUGGCUCUAGGUUUAGUUUCUUACUCAACAAGCCUCACAAGAUUGAGCCUAGAAUCAGGACCAAAGUUCCCGUUCAACAGAUCAAGAAUCUUGCCUCAAAGUUACAAAACUAGGUACCUCAAAAUUCGUGCAGUACAAGAAAGUGAAGGGCCACGGAGAUUAGUUGACAUUAUUCGAAUAAUCCCCGACAUCUCAAAGAACUAUUUCAGGAGGCGUUCAAGGAGAGCAUUGUUUGGUGGCAUCUCAUUGCUCGGUGGUUUCUAUGUUGCUCAGACAAUAUCUCUCUCCUUCGGGGCUUUGGGUGUGAACGAUGUUAUUGCUGCUGUGAUUUGUGUUCUACUGACGGAGUAUGUUACUAGGUUUUACUAUAGUCGGCCGAAGGUAACAUUUUCUCUUGCACUUUUAAAUAAUUUCAAGAUGGGAUUCACGUAUGGUCUCUUUAUAGAUGCAUUCAAGCUUGCAAGUUGAGUGCAGUUGCAGAUAAAUCAAGUGACAGGUUCUAUUUAACUGGAUCUUUGGGUGGUUUGCUUAACAGUUUGAAAUGAUUCGUUUGGAGUUCCAUGGGAAAAAAAAAUGUUUAUCUAUAGAUAUAGAAUAUCUUCAAGGAGGAAGGAGGGGAUGACAUCUGCCACAUCAGUAUUAAUGCAAUCACUAAUAAUGUAGUCAACUGCCUAUUAGUGAUUAUCAGAACAUUCACAGCUGCACUAGUAGACAAUAGUGUCUGUACUAAUAGACAUCAGUGGUAUCUCCAUCGAGAUUUGUAAUAUGACAGGUGUCAGUGGUAUCUCCAUCGAGAUUUGUAAUAUGACAGGUGUGAACAUCGCCUUACUCUAUAUAUGUGAUCUGUCUUCUAUAUGAUUUUUCCUUAUAGCAUACCAUCCUUUGUGGCAA